UCAUUGUUAAUGUGAUGAUUGUCCUGGGGGACGUUUGAUGGAUUAGAGAGCUGAACAGAUCCAUUGCAAAGGACCACCUGAUCUCAGGCCUGCGUCCCAUAUAAAGACGGCAUGACUGCUGAGCUCAGCUAUUGCUGUCAGACCCCCCCUCGCCGCCGCGUCUCCUGCCUCUCUCUCCACACUGCAGAAAGUGGGAGCUGUCCAGUGCUGAAUGUGUCGCGCUCCCCGGCUCUCUGACUGCCGACUAACAAAAGGAGACCCUCACAAGCCUCGCGAUGCCCCGCUCGUUCCUGGUGAAGAAGAUAAAACUAGAUGACUUCCCGUCCGCUGGGAUUUCCGCCUCGAAUUACCAGCACUUUGAAGAUCCGCGUGUCCUGGGCCAGUCGCUGUCCGGCACCGUCGGGAACCUGGGGGCCGAGGCGGCCGAGAGCGGCUACAUCCCCGACUGCAUCCCGUCUCCUGAAUACCAGAAUGAGAAGAAACCCGAGGCCAAGUUUGGGUCGUCGGACCCGGACUACACGCCAACGCACGAUGAUUACAGCGACCCGGACAGCCCGCAGUCCAGUCUCUCGGCCGGAUACUUCAGCGGGGAAGCUGCCGUCACCGACAGCUACUCCAUGGACGCUUUCUUCAUUUCGGACGGACGUUCCAGGCGACGGAGCGAGAGCCGCGAGGGCCAACGCCACACGUGCAACGAAUGCGGCAAAACAUAUGCAACCUCCUCCAACCUCAGCCGGCACAAGCAAACCCACAGGAGCCUAGACAGUAAAAUGGCGAGGAAAUGCCCGACCUGCGGCAAAACCUACGUCUCCAUGCCAGCCCUGGCCAUGCAUCUGCUGACGCACAACCUGAAACACAAGUGCGAGGUGUGCGGCAAAGCCUUCAGCCGGCCGUGGCUCCUGCAGGGCCACAUGCGUUCCCACACCGGAGAAAAGCCCUUCGGAUGCGCGCACUGCGGCAAAGCCUUCGCCGACCGCUCCAACCUCCGCGCUCACAUGCAAACGCACUCUGCCUUCAAGCACUACAAGUGCAAGCGCUGCGAGAAGACCUUCGCGCUCAAGUCGUACCUGAACAAACACUACGAGUCGGCUUGCUUCAAGGGCUCUGAGCAAGAAUGUCCCGUCCAGAGCUAG